UUAAUUUAUUUGUUUUAUCGCGGAAUGUGUUUAAAUUCUAAAUAAUUACAUUAUCGCAAAGUAAAUAGCAGUGAUAACAGUGUCUAGUGGGUAUGUGCUUGUGCAAAUGAAUCGCCCUCGCAUCGCGCAGCUUCUGCUUCUGAAAACAGGCCGAUCUGUAAGCAAGUGAUGGCCUCACAUUAAGAAGUAGUGUUGAAGCAGAAAAUCCCAGAACUAUGUUCCAGCCGGCACCGCUGCCGCCACCAUCGGCAGAGGAAGAUGCUGCACGGACUCCGCCGCCACUGACGCCGGAACUUGAGGCAGGUAUGGCCAGCAUUCUCAUAGAUAAUGGCGAUAUUAUGGAUGAUGUCGAUGUGGAUGCAAUGCCCGAACGUAAGCCUCAUUUUCUGGACUAUGAUGCCGUUCCGCCACCAGAGUAUGAAGAGAACUAUGCCUACGGCCCCAAUGCAGCUGGGGAGCAGCUAAAAAUGGACAAGAAAUAUGAGCGUGAUGGCGAGAUAAGCGACUAUGAGUUGGCGGCUAGUGGUUAUACGAAAAAGGAGUUCACCCAGGAUGACAAUACGUUGCAUUUUACACAGGUGGCUGGGCAGAAGGCGACAGUUUCGGCUAAGCCCAAACAUUUUCUGGACGAGAAUCCCAUACCCCCGGAUUAUAUGCUGGCACAAGAGCUGCGUGAGCAUCGAAGCUUGGAUCGCAAUUUUGAGCGGCAGGCGGAGCAGCAAAAACAGCAGCAGCAGCGCACAUCUUCGCCAGCGGCGUCGUUAAGCGGUGGUCGCAAGAACUCGGUGGAACGCAGCAGUGGUGGCUCAAGUCGCGCCUCGCGUGAGCGAAACAAAGAACCAUCGUAUACACUCUCACGGUUUCUGGAUGGUGAUGUGCCGCCAUUGCCCAGAGUACCGAAAGGUGCCGCCUGGACAGAAAGUUUCGAGGAGCGUUAUGGCGAAGCCGACGAUACGCUCGGCUCAAAAGUGGAAUGCGUAUAUUCGCUGCUUUCGAUGCUGGGUUCAAAUGAUCCGCUGGAGAUGUCCAAGAAAUUUUUAGAGUUAUCUGGCAACGCACAAACCUGCGCCACCCUGAGACGCUCUGGAUGUAUGCCGCUGUUGGUGCAAAUGAUGCACGCCCCUGACAAUGAGGAAACGGUUAGAAAAUACGCUAGCUUGGCGUUGCAUAAUGUAGUGCACAGUCAUCCGGAUGAGAAGGCGGGAAGACGUGAAGCCAAAGUGCUGCGGCUUCUGGAUCAGAUCAUGGACUAUUGCAACUUUUUGAAAACGUUGCUGCAGAGCGGCGGUGAGGCAAUUGCAGAUGAUUCAGAUCGUCACCCAUUGGCAGCCAUUUCAUCACUGAUGAAGGUCAGUUUCGAUGAGGAGCAUCGGCAUGCGAUGUGCGAGCUGGGCGCUCUGCAGGCCAUCCCGAAUCUGGUGCAUUUGGACCAUGCUGUGCAUGGACCAAAGCCGGAGGAUCAAUGCUGCAAUUCACUCCGCCGGUAUGCUCUAAUGGCCCUUACAAAUCUUACCUUUGGAGAUGAGAAUAAUAAGGCACUGUUGUGUGGUCAAAAACAGUUCAUGGAGGCGCUGGUCGCCCAAUUGGACUCGGCACCGGAUGAUCUACUGCAGGUAACCGCCAGUGUGCUGCGAAAUCUAUCAUGGCGAGCGGAUCAGAAUAUGAAAGCAGUACUAAAUGAAAUUGGCACAGUCACUGCUCUCGCCCUAGCAGCUAUGAAAAAUAAGAGUGAGAAUACAUUGAAGGCCAUUCUGUCGGCGCUUUGGAACCUCUCAGCCCACUGCAGCACCAACAAGGCAGAGUUUUGUGCCGUGGAUGGAGCGCUGGCAUUUCUAGUGCGCAUGCUCAGCUACGAAGGACCGAGCAAGACCCUUAAGAUCAUUGAGAAUGCUGGUGGUAUUCUCCGCAAUGUGUCCAGUCACAUUGCUGUCUGUGAACCCUACCGUCAGGUAUUGCGGGAGCACAAUUGUUUAUCCAUACUCCUACAACAGCUCAAAUCGGAAAGCUUGACUGUGGUGAGCAAUUCUUGUGGAACAUUGUGGAAUCUGUCGGCUCGCUGUCCCGAAGAUCAGAAAUUCCUGUGGGAUAAUGGAGCAGUACCCAUGUUGCGCUCGCUCAUACACUCCAAACAUGCAAUGAUCUCAGAGGGCAGCAGCUCAGCGUUGAAGAAUCUACUAAAUUUUCGACCGGCGGUGCAAAAUCAGCACCAACUCGAUCCGAUAGCACGUUCUAUGGGUCUGAAGAAGUUGCCCACACUGACAGCGAGAAAGCAAAAGGCAUUGCAACAAGAACUGGGCGAGAAACAUCAUGAAGAGACAUGCGAUAAUUUAGACAUGGGUCAAAGCAGCAGCAGCGUCACAGGAGGCAGGGCUGUUAAGGAGCGAUCUGUCAGCUCAAAUUUGGAGUUACUCGCUAAUGGAAUUACGCGCAAAUACCCUUUAGUGGGAGGCGCUGGAGCUGUCGGGGGCGUUGCUGCUGUGACACCAACUGGCAGCGGAGCGCGCCUGACACGCUCAGCCUUGCUAACAAAGAGUGAGAGUCGUGACUCAGUCUUUUCAGCGAAGUCAGACACUGCUUAUGAGCAUCUAAUGCGCUCCCACUCUGCCUCAGAAGCAGCCGCGCGUCAGUCUCAAUUCCCUACUGCCUCGGUGGCAGCAGUGGCUUUUGAGCUGGAGCACGAUGUUGAGGCCAUCGAGGAGCAGCCUAUUGAUUAUUCCGUUAAAUACAAUGAAAGCGUCUCCCUGACCAAGACGUCAUCCACAACAUAUCAGGAAACGGACUUGGAUCAACCAACAGACUUUAGUUUACGCUAUGCUGAAAAUCAAAUCGAAUCCGAUGUUGACAUAUCGCCACCGGAGGUGGCAAACAGUGCGGAGGUGCAGGCUCAAACGCAAGCGAAUCCUCCGCCGACAACAAUUGGUGCCACAGCUAAAGUGCAGACCGAAAGCAAGCCGGGUCAGGAGAUAUUGCUUAUCCUGGAAGAUAGCGUCAAGUGUUAUCAGACCGAGGAUACGCCCUAUGUUAUAUCGAAUGCUGCCUCUGUAACGGAUUUACAACAGGCAGCCAAAUCAGAGCCAGUCGUGGCUGAAUCGGGUCAUAUUAUUAAGUCAAAUGGAAGGCAGGAGGCACCUAAGAAAGCUAUUAAGAUGGCUCCGCAGUACGGUUCCGGCUCUUAUACGCCAGAGAAACCCAUUAACUAUUGUGAAGAAGGUACUCCUGGCUAUUUCAGUCGCUACGAUUCCCUGAGUAGCCUUGAUGACUCAUCGGCAGUUCCGGCAGGCUCCUCAUCAGCGCUUGGAGCAGCAGCACCGCAAACUAACCUAUCUUCCAGCGUAUCCAAACUCAGUAAGGAAACUGAUGCAAAUACCCACGUUGAGUCCAAGCCCACAAAUAGUCUGCAAACGAAAGAGGCCACUCCCAAUUCUGCUCUCGAGACCCCACUUAUGUUCUCUCGUCGCAGUUCCAUGGACUCGCUUGUGAAUGAGGACGUAGGCCCCUGUGAUGACAAGAGCUCGGUGGUGAGCGACUUUAGUCGCUUAGCCAGUGGCGUAAUUUCCCCGUCUGAACUUCCCGAUUCACCUACCCAAAGUAUGCCGCAGUCGCCGCGACGCAACAGUGCAAACGGUCAACCCUGUUCCGGAUCCCAGCAAUCCCCAAUAGCGCCCCGCAGUAUAACUUGCAAGCGACCGUUGCGGAGCGUAUUCGAAGAUGAUCUCAGCACCUUCAAUGUGGAGCACACGCCGGCGCAAUUCUCUUGUGCCACCAGUCUGAGCAACCUCAGCAUUGUUGACGAUGAGCAGCCAAUAGGAGAAAUUGCAAGCUCAUCAAAGCCAGGUGAGGUAGCGACUGCUACACAACCUACCAACUGCGUCGCCUUGCCAUCCGAGGGCGAGGAGGAUGAGUUCACAAAUAUGGGAAACAACAACGAUGAUUUGUUGCUGGCCAGCUGUAUCAAUAUUGGCAUGAAUCGCACAGCGGAGCGCAAGCAGUCCAAGCAAGAAGCGAUUGCUGCCACAGCUUCCAACGGUGAGGAGCCGCUUCGCUAUUGCACAGAAGAUACGCCGGCAUUGCUCUCCAAAGUGGGCAGUAACACGAAUCUGUCAGCCAUCUCCAUCAAUUCAAAUUAUGCAGUAGGCGGCGAAGACGUAGCUCCAAAGCAACCCCAACGCUACUCGCUUAAUUUAUCCGACGAUGUCAGCUCCAAUGCCUCAGAGAGUGGAGCGGCAGCACAGUCGGCCGAUCUGCUUCAGCAAUGCAUACGAGUGGGCAUGCAAAAGCCCAGUAUGGAUGCCAUUGCUAUGUUGAGGCGAGGUGGAAACGUAUUGCCAGCGUACUUGCCCGUGGGCGAUGAGAUGAACAAAUAUCUGGUCGAGGAUAGUCCAUGCAAUUUUUCAGUUGUCUCUGGACUGUCCAACUUGACUGUCGGCUCCAGUUUGGUGGGUCCGGCUGUCCAACUACAGGAGCAUACUGAUUCCACAAGCAACAAUACUUCUGCUGCCACAUCCAAGCCCCAGUCGGGUAAGGUGGUAGUAGCGCCCCAGGAGGAUGUUAGACGGCAGCACCAAUGGCAAGAUGAUUCACUGAGCUCAUUAUCUAUAGAUUCCGAGGACGAUACCAACUUAUUAAGUCAGGCUAUUGCCGCUGGCUGCAACAGACCCAAAUCAAAUCUUGGUUUCAGCUCAACAAAUUCGACUACCAAGCGGUCAAGCUCACUGUCCUCUUCCCAGCCCAUGGCAAUAAAUGCGGCUACCUCGGCAUCUUCAUUGAAUUCAGCGAUGACAGCACGUAAUUAUCAACGACAGUUGAAGCAACGUUCCUCCUCCGGCACGGCAACUGCCGCUCAAAAUGAAUCAUAUAGCUCUGUGGACUCUAGCGAUUCAAAUGAAAACCAAUCCAAGUCCCUUUUCGAACUAUGCAUACUAAAAGGCAUGUACAAGUCUAAGGAACCGGGCUCAACGCGCAAACAAUCGACCGCCAGCUCCUCCACACAAUCUAAUCCCAAUCUAAAGCAAUUUGAUUCGCUUCCGGUCCAAUUGUCUCAGCCUAAGUCUUAUACGCCCAGCCGGCAGCGACAUCAUCAUCACCACCAUCAUCAUCAUAGAGAACGCGAGCGAGAGCGCAAGGAUGAGAAAUUGUUGCAGGAAUGCAUAAAUACAGGCAUUAGCAAGAAGAUAGGAUCAAGCGGCACACCGACGCCGACCCAUGCGCCGCUCAGCACUGCGCCAAAAAACGCCCAAGCUACGUCUGCAGCUGCAUUGGAACCGUGUCACCCAAUGGCGGCUACUACAUUAGCAAGUGUCAGCAGCACAGCAGCAGCUCCAGACGUAGUAAAGAGGAAAGUGCACGGGCAAGCGCACAGCAUCAGCAGGGAGAACAGCCACGCCGACAUCACAGACGCACUAAAAAGUCCAGCGGCGAUGCAAUGCGUCGCAAAUCUUCCAAAUCUCGCGAACGGUCCCGAGACAAAAGUGAACGCUACUGGGUCUAGACAGGAUGCAGAUGGCGAUGAUCGGUCAAGCGAUGAAUCGAACCAAUCUUUCAUCAUGGACACUAUGGUACGCUUGGAUGCUUGCUCGGCAUCGCAAUCGGCCACCGCCUCCACCACAAGCGACAAGCACAAGGACCCAGACCUCAUGUUGAAAUCAGUAGAACGUCUCACGCUGGAGUUUGUCACCUCAGCGGAGCAGCUGCGCACGGGUAGCAGCUCACAGGAGGCAGCGAAGCCUUUGGGAAUUGGCACGGGAUCACACAACACGUGGAAUGAGAACACUUGCCCCAAUGAUAUCUCUUUUCCCAGCGUCAGCAUGUCUGCCCCUGUACUCGCAUCCCUGAGCCUAGACGAUGAUGUUGAUGGCGUUGAUAUUGAUGAGGAUCAGGCGACGGAGGCAGAUGUGCACAAAGAUUUGCAUGACUUUGCCGAAAUUACGCCGACAAACGAGGUGGCUAACAUGCUGCCCUCAUUUAGCAUCGGUAAUGGUUUAACACAGCCCAAUUCGCUGGAGACUGAAACGGAUACGCUGGUCAGCGCCAAUGGCGACGGUUCAAGUGGUGGCUCCAGCGGCGGUCUAAACUUCCAGCUUGGUGGUGAAGUGCAGAGCGCUGCGGCAGUCGUUGGGUGUCAACCGACACCAACGUUACUCUUCAACGGCACCAGCGCCAGCAUUAUGACUAACUCCACUAUGAUUGCUUACGAAGCGCGAGCCCUAGCCGAGAAUCUGCACCAGCUGCAGGCGGGGGAUCGUGAUGACGAUGACAAUACUGAAUUAACAUUCAGCAUUAACAGUCUAGAUCUGGACAAUGUGCGUCCGCCUUCGGGUAUGGAGUCGCUAAACAUGUCCGGUUGCUAUCAGGAACACUCAACGCACCAGCCCAGUUCUCUGCAGUUGCGCCCGUUUCCCAGCAAGUCGCCGAAAUUUCCACGCAAGGGAUUUCCCGGCGGUUUCCCCGCUGGCCUGGUAGCUAAACGCGCUCUAGGUCAGUUGGCCGGCAGCGCUGAGAGUGUGAACUCCAGUUGUAAUUUACUGGACAACAUCAAGCCGCCAUCGCUCAUGGAUGAGUUGCUAGACUCCAUGAUCAGUGUGGAUAGCAUUCAGUCAGAGGUGGCUGAGGGGGAACAUGGCGAUUGCAGCAUGGCCACAACUAUAUCUGUGUCAAACUAUGAGACGGCAGCAGGCGGUGAUGAUAACACGCUCACUGUCCUCCAGAGCUGCUGCGAUCAAAUGCCGCGCGAUGAAGAUGAGGAAGAUGCCACAAUGAAUGAUUUUAGUUCGGCAGAAUCGACGCCAAAACACAGUGCCACACCCUCGCCCAAUCGACGUACAUUGACGCCGAAGCAAAAGCGACGCGUAGCCAAAGAUCGCUACAAGACCUACACAAUUGCAACAGGUCCUGAGCAGCUAAAUGCGCUUCAGAAACUCGCAUUAGAGACGGACGAAACACUACAGAUUGAGAUUGUGGAAACAAUACCAAGAGCGGGUGGACGCAGACGUGGCAGUGCUGACCGGUAUAAGACGCAAGUUAUCGAGUGUCCGAAACAGGUACUCGAUGCGGGAGCAACAACAUCCACUCCUCCACUUAUAGAUGAUGAUUGCCCCAGCGAUCAGUUAUCCUCGAUUCGCGCCAUGAUGCAAAAGUUUACUUACAUUACGAGCGAAAUCAACAUAAACCCGGAGGAGCCAUCCCUGUCGCUGCCAACCAUGCCAGCUGCAGAUGAUUGUCAGAGCUGUGAGUGCGAUCAGAACUCGGAAACAGAGUCGUGUCAUGGUCGAGAGCAGUUCGAAGUGGUGCAAAAAGUGGAGGUAGAGCAGGAACAUGCGGAGGAAACAACGCCGCCAGCCACCAAGCCUGUAAUCAACAAACUGCCGAGCGCAGCAUCGCCAAUUAAAACAGUGCGGGGACGGAAAAAGCCCGCUUAUGUCUCACCCUACAGCAUGCAAAGCCAACGGGCCGGAGCACAAGUGUCUACCAAAAAUAAAACCCUAGCACCCACUAUUUCGAAGAGAAGCGCUCCCUGCACGAACAAUAUUGCGCGUCCAUCCCAAAAAAAGAAGAUCACCAAUGCUGGAGCAACGUCGACACCUGCGCCGGCGCCUGCACGCCUGGAACGUCAGGGCACAUUUGUCAAAGAUGAGCCCACAAAUAUCAAUACUCAAGUACCGGUAGUUGAGGCAGCAGCUAGCACCAGUCCCAGCCAUCGUACAUCAAAAUUGCCAACCAAACGCACAACGCCGACGAGCUCACCCAAGCGCACUGUUCCAGCAACUCGGCAAGCAGCCACACCGCAACGAGCCAAUACAAACAUACGUUUGUCCAGCGCCAAAGCCGCAGCGGCCUCGCGCGUGGCCAUUCAAGCAACUCGCGUAUCAUCCACCACCCCCCCAUCGCGAAGCAAUUCCAAUUUGAGUGGUCAGAGUGCCGCCGCCGCAGCUGCUGUUAAAAUCAGUCAAGCACAAAGUCGCAUUGCCAACAUUUGGAAGCGGGUGGAUGAGGCCAAAACCAAGCCAGCAGUGAACUCCAAUCUGAAGAUACAACAAACGAAAUCUUCCAAUACCAUCAACGGUACAACGGCACGAAAACCAACGCUAUUGCGCAGCUCGACCUUUGACAAUACGCCGCCAGUCGCAGCUCCAAGCGCAAUUGCCAAAUCCAAGCUGCCCGUUGUGGGUCGCAAAUAAAUAUCUUGCAUUUCAAUUCAGCUCAAGUCGGAGUCGCACAGGAAGGGAAGGAUCCAAAUCAAAAUGCCAGGGAGGGCAUACAGACAAUGUUAGUGUACAAGACCGUAAUGAAGGCAAUAAUAUUGGGUUGAUUUAAUGUAUCAGUGUGUGAACAUUUUAGAUACAUUUACUGAUCAUGGAUUAGGAUGCAUUAGGAUGCAAUCUCUUAAUCGCUGUUUGAUUAAGCGAUCUAUUAAAUACGGUUUAAUCAAUUUUUUUGGAAUUCUUAAAUCAAGCCAAUAGUCCGCGAAACAGUUACGAUUUUAGUCAGGGACUACAUAUUCUUCUUCUACUUGACUUUAGGGAUAAAGUUUAGAAUAGCGAAACUUCUAGUUACUUAUAAUCCCACUAUUCAACAACACAGUUGCCACUUGGAGCCACUUGAUAUAAAUUAGAAAUGCUCCCAUUGUGUGUAGCCAAAUGUAUUAAUACGGUAGACAUUUUAAUCAGGCCUUUCAAAAUGUGUACAACUAUAUACAUAUACAUAGCAUAGCAUACUACAGUAUCAAAAAGUUAUAUACAAUGCAUAAAUCUGAAAUAUAUAUCUACCUACUUAUAUAUGUAUAAUUGUAUGUAUUAACAUUAUUGUGACUUAGCUUAGUUCUCAAAAAGACUUUUUCAACUUGUUUACACAAAACGCACUUAGCGCACAAGUUUGGAAUCAAGAAAACUCACAGCUGAGUUCAAUACAUACAACGAUAUCCAAAAAGUUAUACACCACCUCCCUUAUUAACUAUUAUUAUAUAUUAUAUUUUUAAUAUAUUUUUGUUUGUUAAUUUCAAAUGCUUCCUUUUGCAAAACCAAAUAUUUUUUAAAAAACAUUUAUAGUCACUGCUUUUUAUUAAGUUUUAAUAAAGCGCUAAGUUUUUUUUUAUAAUUUUUUGGGGCACCUUUUUUAUACUAAACGACAACUUUUACGCGACUUACAUAUAUACAUAGAUAGUAUUAAGUUUGAUUUGAUUUAAGGCGUUUACACAUCUCUAUAUAAUAAAUUAAUACAAAAAGCUUCAAAUGCAAAUAAAUCAAA